AUGCUUCGAUCCGUUCAGGGCCCUUCGCUUAGGAGCUCUGUUCGCAUUAUUCAAGCUCGCCAAGUCAGUACGCAGCUCAAUGCACCUCUGAAGUUGGACCCUUCUCUUCGAGCGUUAUUAGCGGAUGUCGAUAUUUCGUUACUCAAGCAUAAGCACAAGCAUCUCCCCGGCGAACCACGGGAAUUGGAAGUCUGGGAUGGCCCGUCCGUUGGGUCGUCCAGUCUGACCGAACAAUCCUCCUCUGAAUCGGCGGACGACGACUUGACCAGGAAGUCACCGGCGGCUCACUUUGGAAGUCAACGUACCGGUGCGACUAUACUGCCAUUUGAGCUCUAUAACUCCAUCUCCAGUCUCAUUGCAGCCUCCGACAAAUCUCAGCUACACUCCGAUGCGAAGCGAUUAUUCCUGGACGAAACUAGACCAGGGGAACGCGGAUCUGGCGGCUGGAACUCGUUCUACGAUGUCAGAUACAACUCGAGGCAUCAACGCGAACUGCUUGGAGAGCGGGAUGGCACUGCCUUCGCCACCGUUGCUCUACCGGCUCAUUACUCUGCUAUACUGUCGGUUUUCGACCAUCUUAAGGACAGGCUAGGGCCUGAGUGGGCACCUUCCCAGUUGAUUGAUUGGUAUGCUGGGACAGGAAGCGGUCUAUGGGCAGCGCUGCACGCUUUCCAACGGAGUGGAGCAGACUCAAGUCAUGGAACAAUCGCAGAAUCGACAAUAUCGUCGUAUCUUGCCAUUGAGAAACGUGAAGGACUCGCAGCAAUCGGAAAACGGCUACUGACCUAUAGCGAUACUGGUGCCUUAGUGGCUUUAUGGCGGCGCAUGUUUCAAGAAGACGACAAGCUAUCAAGGGCUGAAGCCCAGGGCCGAGAUGUUAUAGCGCUGUCCGCGUUUGCGAUCUCGGCGCUGAAGACACCGCUUGAGAAGAAGCAACUAGUGAAGGAGAUGUGGCAGAGCGGCGCCGACGUUAUAGUACUCAUCGAUCACGAUACAAAGGCCGGUUUCGAAUCAAUUGCUGAGGCUCGGGAGGUCCUACUGAAACUCGGCAGGAAAGAGCUAGAGGAUCCAGAUACCGAGAGUUGGCCUACCCGAGGUUCGCAUGUUGUUGCUCCCUGUCCUCAUGAUGGCGCAUGUCCGCUGUACACUGCGGGUUCAAGCAACCUUAUUUGCGGUUUCUCGCAGCGCAUGCAACGACCGGAGUUUGUCAGGAAAACGAAACACUCUGGCACUGGCCACGAAGACGUCGGAUACUCGUACGUUGUCGUCCGGCGAGGUGUUCGCCCAGGUUUUGGUGCGCACGAACCAAAAAGAGGAAGACUUGGUCUCGUUGGAAAGCGCGCGUUGCAAUCAGACUUGGCUCGAUUGCAGCAGAUGCAACCGGCGGAAUUAAUAGUGGACUCCGACAAUUCGCACAUCAGGACAAGAGCAUCAGAGGACUCUGACAGACUUGCCGCGAUACGCGACGUGUCGGAGGCUCUGGAAACGGAAGAUUUCGCCGAAGAUAUAGCAAGCGCUCUGCGGCGGGAGGCCUACAAUUGGCCACGUCUGAUAUUUCCGCCUCUCAAACGGAGUGGUCACAUCAUCAUUGACGCGUGCACGCCACAAGGUAAAAUUAUGCGCCUGACAGUACCAAAGUCACAAGGCAAACAACCCUAUUACGACGCGCGGAAAUCUGAAUGGGGUGAUUUAUUCCCGCAUGAACCAAAGAACCCACCACAAGAACGGCAUCAACCUCAACGUGCCAAAGAUAGAAAACUGGCUGGCCAGGGCGAGGACAUCGGCAAGCGAGGUCGCAAUGAGUCUAGGAAGAUCAAUUCUCAGGGGAAGAAGAGCUACGGAAAACUUUCAGCGGACAUUCAGGAACAGAAGAGAAAGCUGAGACGGGAAAGGAUCAGAGCGUUGAAGAUAGAGGAGAUUGACUGA